UGGUUUGCUAAGAGCUGCCUUUUCCCACCCAGUUUGGGGAAUUCAGAUGCAUCUCCUAUGGAAGUCAUCACUGACUUGGUAUUACUUAUGGUAGCGUGUAGGAAGAGACCUCCCCAGGUCAGGUCCAACUGGCAGGGCAGGUUCCUCCUAUGUAUUGCAAUAUUGAUGCCUGCUUUUUCCAAUGUCACUCCAGCACUUGUUCUGGGUGAGAAGGAGGGGAACAACCCAUCAGGGAACCUUGCUUGAUUACAAUAAGUAGAAAUCAAAAGUUUUUCCAGUGCUGGGUGUGCUUUCAUCCCACAUCCUGUCUUUGGUGCUCAGUGAUGCAGAUGGCAAAGGAUCUUCUCUCUUGCUCUCUCUCAAUAGGUUAACACUAGGGGAUAGGGUCAUUCAAUGAAACUGGUUGAUGCUUGGGUUCAAAUCACAAAAAAAGGACACAACUAAUUCUCCUGACUGAAAGGAAGAAUCCUUUGAAUUUGGUUUUGCCGCCAAGUUUCACACUUAUUUUCAAACCUUUCCUGUUAUCUGCUGGGCCUGAGGAUGUUCAAAGAGUAUUUCCAAUAUAAAGGGAUCAGUUUUCCUCAAGUCAUCUAUGCAGAACCUGUGUUGCAGAUGGUAGAAAAGGAUUUCCAAGUCCGAGAUGACGAUAUUUUCAAUGUCACUUAUCAGAAAUCAGGAACAGUAUGGAUGCUGGAGAUUUUAAGUCUCAUCCGUAGCAACGGAGACCCUACCUGGUGCCAAACCACACCCAAUUGGGAUCGAGGUCCCUGGUUCGAGACAGUGAUAGGGUACAGGACAGCUCUGACCAACAAAUCGCCACGCAUUAUUAGCUCCCACCUGCCUUCCCAACUUUUUGCCAAGUCUUUCUUCAGAUCCAAAGCUAAGAUAAUCUACACUGUCAGGAACCCCAAAGAUGUCUUGGUGUCCCUCUAUCAUUUUGCUUCAAUGUUUCACCCCUAUAAGGACCCUGGCACCUUGGAUCAAUUUCUGGAAUGCUUUCUAAAAGGAGAUGUGCCCUUUGGAUCCUGGUUUGACCAUGUUAAAGGUUGGAUGAACUUUAAGGAUAAGGAGAACUUCUUCGUCAUUACAUAUGAGGAGUUGCAAGAGGAUCUGCGAGGGAGUGUUGUUCGUAUCAGCCAGUUCUUAGGCAAAGACUUAGACGAUGCAGCCAUUGACUCUGUGGUUGCGAAUGCCUCCUUUGAAUCCAUGAAGAGUAAUAAGAUGUCCAACUUCUCACUCACGCCGAACUUCAUCAUGAACCAAAAGAAAAGUGCUUUCCUUCGCAAAGGGAUUUCUGGAGAUUGGAAAAAUCACCUGACUAAGGCACAGAGUGAAUGUUUUGACCAAGUCUACCAUGAGCGUCUGCAAGAUUUAAGUGUCACUUUUCCCUGGGACAAGAAAUAAAUUUGCCUUUUUCCAGUUGAUUCCCUCCAGUACUGGACUGAAUAGUGACUUAUCAGGAUAGUCACUGUCUAGUGCAGGAUGUUGUAGAUUAGUGGGAACAUCUAUGGGUGGUUCAGAAAUUAUUCAGAGAGCUUUCCUGAAUUUCAUGGGAGAAGAAUGGGAGGAUAAUUAUUAAGGCCAGAAAGUUAAGAGGAAUAUGUGGGAUGGGGUGGAUUAAGAUUCCUGAGGUAACCAAACUAUAUACUGAUAUCUUAAGUCUCAAGAUAUGGUUUUGAACAUACACGGUGCUCAACAUCUUGCUGAAAUCAAGCACAUCGGAAUCUGGUCAGUGCCUGGAUGGAAGACUAACUACCGUCUGUGAACCCUCUUGUCCCUGAUGGAAAUUGUAUUGUAAAUAUAAUAUAAUAUAAUAAAGUCAGGCAACCAAUGCUUCUUCGUUUUAAAGAAGCACAGGUGAACACA